AUGCAAGUGGAGAGCAUUGGAGGAAAGCGCUAUGUCUUUGUUCUAGUGGAUGAUUACUCGCGAUACACUUGGGUCCGCUUCAUUCGUGACAAAUCUGACACCAUGGCGAGUUUCAAGAUUUGGGCUCUUCAAGUUAUCACUGAGAAAGGAAGCCUCAAGCGCAUACGCAGUGAUCAUGGGGGAGAAUUUCAGAAUGAGGUCAUGACUAAGUUCUGCAAUGAACAAGGCAUAGCUCACCAAUUUUCGGCACCUAGAACACCACAGAUGAAUGGAGUAGUGGAGCGAAAGAACAGAACACUUCAAGAGAUGGCGCGUGCAAUGAUCCAUGGAGGAAACAUUCCUGUGAAGUUUUGGGCUGAAGCAAUCAACACCGCAUGCUACAUCAUCAACCGUGUUUACAUGAGAAAGGCUUUACUCAAAACUCCUUAUGAGUUGUGGAAAGGAAAGACACCUAACUUAAGUUACUUUCGUGUUUUGGAUGCAGGCAAUAGCUUCAGCUACAGAGUCUUCAAUCUUCGGUCCAAGAUGAUUAUGGAGUCAGUCAAUGUUGUUUUUGAUGAUCGAUCAAUUGCGGCCAUGGGAGACUCUCCAAUAUUUCAUGAACCAGAAGUCAGCGAAGCAGAAACAGAAGCAGAGGAGGUUCGUGAAGAAGAAGAAAAGGUUCAUGAGGAAGUCUCUGACACAGCUCCUGAUGUAGGUCUCCCACUGACACAAGUUCACAGAAACCAUUCCUCGAACGAUCUGAUUGGAGACAUCACUGAGCCACGAAGGACGAGAGGAAUCAAGAUGAACUAUAAGCAGAUGGUCAGCAUGGCAAUUAUCCAAUUUGAGUGCUUUGUCUCUGCCAUAGAGCCACGAAAUCAUCGUGAAGCACUGGAAGAUGCAGAUUGGAUCAUCUCCAUGGAAGAGGAACUAGAGGAGUUCGUGAGAAACGAUGUAUGGGAGUUAGUGCCACUACCUGAUGGUGUGAAUGUGGUCGGUACAAAGUGGAUCUUCAAGAACAAGACAGAUGAUGCUGGAAGCAUUGUACGAAACAAGUCAAGACUUGUUGCGCAAGGUUACUCACAAGUUGAAGGAGUCGACUUUGAUGAAACCUUUGCCCCUGUAGCUCGUCUUGAGUCUAUCAGACUGUUUCUAGGGAUGGCAUGCAUAUUGAACUUCAAGGUGUAUCAGAUGGAUGUGAAGAGUGCUUUCUUGAAUGGCAUUCUACAAGAGGAAGUAUAUGUAGCCCAACCGAAGGGUUUGAAGAUCCUACACAUCCUGAGCUACGUCAGAGGAACUGUGGACAAAACCUUGUUCACACUUGAGAAGAAGAAUGAGAUGAUGAUGGUGCAGAUCUAUGUAGAUGAUAUCAUCUUUGGAGGAACUUCAGAGAAGCUGGUGGAAAACUUUGUGAAGAGUAUGACUAAGGAGUUCAAGAUGAGCAUGGUGGGAGAGUUGAAGUACUUUCUUGGACUUCAAGUGAAUCAGACUGAGAAAGGAAUUUUUAUUUCUCAAAGCACCUAUGCCAAGAAUCUACUGGUGAAGUUUGGUCUUGACAAAUGCAAGGAGGCAAGAACACCAAUGAGCACCACGACAAAGAUUGGAAAGGAUGAACAAGGAGAAGACGUUGAUGCCAAACCAAAACAGUCCCAUCUUCAAGCGGUGAAGAAGAUCUUGAGGUAUGUCAAGGGAACUGUCAAUCUGGGGAUCUUUUACUCCAAAGGAUCCAACAGAAAUCUUGCUGGAUAUUGUGACGCCGAUUGGGCAGGAUGCGCAGAUGAUCGGAAAAGCACAAGUGGAGGUUGUUUCUUCCUUGGGAACAAUCUUAUUGCUUGGCUUAGCAAGAAGCAGAAUUCUGUGUCACUAUCUACUGCAGAGGCUGAGUACAUUGCAUUGGGAAGCUGCUGCACACAGCUUAUAUGGAUGAGACAGAUGUCAGCCGAUUAUGGGAUGGAGUCUGGACCCUUCUUGGUCUACUGUGACAACAAAAGCGCCAUUGACAUAUCAAAGAAUCCGGUGCAGCACUCAAGGACUAAGCACAUUGACAUAAGACACCACUUUGUUCGUGAAUUGGUGGAAGAAAAACAGACGAGGCUUAAUCCGUCCAAGUCAAACCGAUCCGAGACACAUAUCGACGGAUCCGCCUCUACGCCGGUCCAAAUCGACGAACCCGAAGCUCAAACGACGAUUCAAGAUCCAUCACCGCCGAUUGUCACGAUGAUCGACGGAAGCCGUCGACGAGUAGCUGAUCCAAUGACGGCUAUGGUUCUCUUUGAAGGAGAGGUCGAGACCGAGGCCGAGUCUUUCGCUACGGCGGAAGAUGAACCGAUGGCGGAUGAAGAAGCCACGGCGGAGAAACCCGAGGAGCCGGAGAUUCCUCGAGAUGCGCAAGACGACGGAGCCGAUUCCAAACUCCGCCGAAACCCUAGCUCCACCGCCGAAUGA